CCUCGCGGGGGCAGCGCGCUGUCUUUUGAGCUGCAGAUCAGUGGCUGGUGGUCACUUGAGUCCGACGGGGCGGUAGCAUAAGUGUAUUCCUGGAGCCCAAGUGCCUGAUUGUAGCUAGAGCAAGAGAAGAAGAGAAAAAUAUAUUUAAUUCUUGGUCUGAUAAUGCCUUGUCUGAUAUUCUGCAAUGUAUGUUUCCAGAAGCCCCGAGGAGCCGCUCUAAAUUUCAACCUGACCAACUGCGGUCAUGUCAUCUGUGGGCAGUGUCUCCAGAAAGGUAAAAAAGGUGAUUGCAUGAUUUGCAGAGUUCCAUGUCGUACAAUACUCCUUUCAAAAAAGGUGAAUUCAGAUAUCCAGUCACUCUUUAUGGGAUUAGAUGGGUUAUGCAGAAAAUAUACCAAAGAAAUCACACAAAUUGCCCAGUUUCAGGAAAAACACAGAAGACAUUUAUUAACACAUUACAAAGAAAAGAUUGCAAAACUGGAAACAUAUCUUAAGAGAGCAUCACAACAAAUCCAGCAUAUACAACAAUUGCAACAUCGGAAUUCAUCAAAGGAGGUAGAAGUGCCACCUUCAGUAAGGAAAACUGAAACAGUAGCUGGCCCAACCAGAAUAUCACUGAUAAAUCCACCGCAAAAUGGAUAUAUGGGUAGUGUUACAUGCAGAAGUUCUCAAUUAUCUGGAAUGACAUUUCAAAGAAACCCAGCAGGAUCUAUAAGAUCAUCUCCAUUAAAAAUGCUCAACAGUGGGAAUUCUUACAUAUCACCAUCGCCAUUUGUAUCAUCACAAAACAGUAGAAAUCAUAUCCCAAAUACAUUUGGACAGAAAUCUACUCAGCAUUAUCAGUCCACAUCUGCAUCUUCGCUCUCAUCUGGGAUAAAACACCCAAUCACUCUUGUUAACCUUUUACAGAGGCAGCAUUUAG